GGAAAAUCAUUUGAUUGUGUUCUAGCGAUUGGGCCGAUACAGCAUCGAGCUUUUACUCUAUCCUUCGGAUUAGUCUCACACACCUCUUACGAGUGCCCAACUUUCGUGGCCUCUCUGAUCGACGUCUCCGCGCGCACGCGACAUCUCCGUCGCACAUCGCGAUCCUCUCCGCAAGCAUCUGUUUGUCGAUCUACUCAACAUCUCGAGUUUCGCAUCGCGCAUCCAAUUCGAAUCUUUUUGCCGUCAAACCAGGACCACCAUCCCCUCAGACACACCGAAAUACCUACAAAUCCUGCAUCAGUGAGACAAAAAUGCCAACCAUGUGGCUGUCCGACAACCAGAAGAUAGGAGUCAUCUUCUGCUCCGCCGGAGCACUAUUCCUCUUCGGCGGAGUCCUGAUGUUCUUCGAUCGCUCACUACUGGCCAUGGGCAACAUCCUCUUCCUCAUCGGCCUCACCCUCAUCAUCGGCGUCGAAAAGACCUUCGCCUUCUUCUCGCGCCGCCAGAAACUCAAGGGCACCGCCGCCUUCGUCGCCGGCAUCCUGCUCAUCCUCCUCCGCUGGCCGCUCACGGGCUUCAUCAUCGAGCUGUACGGGCUGUUCAUCCUCUUCGGCGACUUCCUGGUGACCAUUGGCCAGUUCGCGGGGAACAUCCCCGUCGUGGGGCCGUACAUCAGGACGGCGUUGGAGGCGCUGGCCGGCGGCCGGCGGAAUGCCGAGUUGCCGGUAUAAUAUCCUGGAAAUCGGGGUUCUUUUCAGCUUUCUUGCCCCGGCUCUCAUCCUUUUUCCCGUGCGCCAGAAGAGAAGAACUUGAAGCGGGAUGUCUACUGUCGUCAAAGCCUACUUCAAUAGGUGUCAAGCGACUUUUGCGGAUGUGUCUUGCGUAAACCCGGUUUCAUGCAUGCACUGGAAGCGGAAACCCCCC